ACUCCCCUCCGCUUCUCCGUUCCACUCCACUCGCUGCGGCCCUCCUCCUCUUCUCCUUCCGAAGCCCGCGAUGGACAACGCGAGAAAAUUCCCCCCUCUGAGGCCAUGGAAGAAAGGCCCCGCCAGAGGGAAGGGCGGCCCCCAGAACGCCUCCUGCGACUACCGGGGAGUGCGGCAGAGGACGUGGGGCAAGUGGGUGGCCGAGAUCAGGGAGCCCAAGAAGCGUACCAGGCUCUGGCUUGGCUCCUUCGCCACCGCCGAGGAGGCCGCCAUGGCCUACGACGAGGCCGCCCGCCGCCUCUACGGCCCAGACGCCUACCUCAACCUCCCCCACCUCCGUUCCAGCAACAUCAGCUCCUCCACGACCAUCGGCAAGCCCCCGCACCGCUUCAAAUGGUUCCCUUCCAAGAACUUCACCUCCAUGAUCCCCUCCUGCGGCCUCCUUAACCUCAACGCUCAGCACAACGUCCAUGUCAUCCACCAAAAGCUUCAAGAGUUCCAGAACUCGAGACCUUCGUCCUCUUCUUCCUUGUCUUCCUCCUCCUCCUCCUCCUGUCCUGGUUCUUUUCGGAGUUUGGAACCGGCACCGCCGGUGGCCGCGAUGGAGAAAACACACUUGGAGAGCUUCGACAUGGCAGUGGAAGGAGCGAGUUCCAUGCCGAUGGAGAUGGCACCAAUCCCUGGGGACGAGAAGCCACAGAUUGAUCUGAAGGAGUUCCUUCAGCAACUGGGUGUGAUCAAAGAAGAGGAGAGUAAACCGGAGGCCGAUGAGGGUGCCGAAAGCUCGGUAAUGGCGGAGCCAACUCAAGGUGGCAGUGGGGUGGCUUCAGAGAUGGUUGGUUUCGGCGAGGGUGACUUCAACUGGGACACUCUGGUGGAGAUGAGGGCUUUGGAGGAUCACUCGGUGGUUGGGGAUGGUGGGCUGCAGGUCGACGAUUUGCAUGAAGAGCUGAGCUUGCCAAUCUCUCUAUGGGAUCUCUGAAACACUCGUCAACUUUGGUGAUGAUAAAGCUUGAGCUAGACUUGGUAG